AUGUCGUAUCAUUUCGGGUUGGGCCAGGCAAUUUAUAUAGCGAUCAAGCCGCUUUUCAAAAUCUACUUGUCCGCCGGCACGGGGUUCCUGCUCGCCAAGCAAAAGAUUUUAACUCCGGACGGAUCAAGAGUCAUAUCGCAAAUCGUCCUCACCUACCUGGUUCCAUGUCUUUUUUUCCACAACAUUGUCGCAAGCUUGAAAGACACAGACAUCAAAAUCAUGGGGGUGAUCAUUCUCACGGGGUACAUUUAUUACGCCGCGGGCGCUUUAUGCGGUCUUAUCCUCAAGAUGCUGAACCCAAUACCCAAGAUGUGGGUUGGCGGGUUGUUCAUGGCCUGUAUAUUCAACAACAGCGGUGAUUUGCCCAUUGCGUAUGUCCAGACAAUUGGAAACGGCAGCAUGUUUUCGUCGACUUGGGCCAAUAAAGGAGUGGCCUAUUGUGUCAUUUUCAAUGUGGUGUUUAUCUCUGCCAUGUUCAAUUUCGGAGGCCAGCACCUGAUUUUCUUUGAUCAGAAACGGUUCCUCCGAGAUCUCAACCCAGAGCCCGUGCAUGACGAGAGCUCAAUCGACCAUGAAAAGUUGGAGAUUAGCUCACUAGAAGGCACCCCUCAGCCUCUUAAUCCCGACCACGUUCGUUUCAAUGCUGCCGGCGAUGCCGUUAGCGUCACAGGAUACGGUCGUAGGUUUUCAAAGUCCUCGCAAUUUCUGCCCGAUCUAGACGCAGACAGCGAACGUGCAAGGCAGCCCACUGCCCGGUUCAAAAACCUCAAAAACGGCUGGAAAAGGUUCAAGUCUCGCAAUAUGACCACAAGAAUCAUUGGAGAGUUUAUUGAAAACAUGAAGCGUCCGCAGUCAAUGACCCUGAUUGUUGCACUCGCCAUUGCAAUGAUCCCCUGGACAAGACGUCUUUUCGUUGACGAUCCCGACCAGCACGUAUCUGGGAUCCCCAAUGCCCCCGACGGCCGACCACCUUUGGAUUUCAUCAUGGACUUUACGGGGUUUUUCGGUAACGCCCAGGUCCCGCUCGGACUGAUGCUGCUAGGAGGCACCAUUGCCCGGUUGAAAGUUCGCGGACUGCCAGCAAAGUUCUGGCGGACCAUCGUGGGUCUUGUUCUUUUCAAGCUCGUGAUUUUACCCAUCAUCGCAAUUGCAUUCGUCGAAGAGCUCCGCCGGGUUCAUUGGAUCGAUCACGACGACCCAAUGGCACCAAUUGUCCUCAUUGCAUCCUCCAGCACGCCAUCUGCGACGAUCCAGAUCUAUAUUACCGCACUAGUGUUUGGUGCCGACUACGAAGAGGGCCCUCUGAACUGCCUUGCCGUGGUGCUGAUUGCGCAGUACACGUUUUUGCCCAUCUCAAUGACCAUCGUCAUGACUUAUGCCUUGAAAAAUGCUAUUUAA